AUGCAGUUUGGAGAUUUCUGGGUUGCAGCUAGGAUUGUGUUCAUUGAUGAUCCAGAGUGGUACUAUGCUUCGUGUCGAACCAAGGGUUGCAACAAAAAGCUUAAGCUGAAAGGGAAGUGGCUGUGGUGUAGUACAUGUGACAGAAAUUGGGGUGAUGGGACACUGAGGUACAGAGUUAAGGUUAGAGUUGUGGACUUGGAUGGCAAUGCUCAUUUUCUUCUAUGGGACAGGGAGUGCCUCGAUCUAAUUGGAAUUAGUGCAGAUGAUUUGAAGGAUACCCAUACAAAGGGAAGAAAGGGUUUACCUAAGGAGCUUGAAACUCUAAUCGGACAGAAUCUGUUAUUUCGAAUUGCUGUGCGUAAGGAACAGUUCCAAAACUAUCUCAAUGCUUUCCCUGUUAUGAGAAUCAUCACUGAUGAAAAGAUUGUAGAGAAGCACGCACCAGAGCUAAUCCAAGUUUGGGACAGGGACCUCUCAUCAAAGUUGGAGUUGGAGCUUACGGAUGAGGACCUAUGGGAUAUAGAGAGACUGAACGAAGAUAACAGUAUUGAGAAUGGAACCGUGAAGAGAUCGCUAAUUGAUGAGUUUUCCAGCACACAAAGUUCUAAAAAAAGCAAGGACAGUGUUGUGAAGAUUGAGAAAGAAACAGAUUUGUAA